GAAGAAACGCAGUCUCUCUGCGAGAUGCACGAACAUAGUCGUAUAAGAAAACAAUGGAUAAGUAUGUGUGCGUUUUGUGCUGUGUUAUGUUUGCCUUAGGAUACAUUUUUUGUACAGAUGGUUUGGAACAAAAGUCAAGGAUAAAAAGACCCAGAGCACCACCUCCGCCUGAAAACGAAGUGGAACAAGAUGAAUACGAUGAACGAAACAAUCCUUUAAGUACAAACUUUCUACCACCCGGAUUUUUGAGUCCUUCGGUUGUGGAAUAUUUAGAAUUGGGAAAAUCAAUACCAGGUCGUCCAGGAACGGAUUAUCCAGUUUUAGGCACAGUACCUUACACCAGCUUUUAUUGCGAUGAUCAACCUUAUCCCGGAUUCUAUGCCGAUCCGGACACUCGUUGCCAAACAUGGCAUUACUGCGACAUCGAUGGCAGACAAACAACGUUUUUGUGUCCCAACGGAACGCAAUUCAGUCAAGCUGUAUUUGUUUGUGAUUGGUGGUUCAAUGUAAGAUGCGAUUUAAGUCCAAGGUUGUAUGUGAUCAACAGCAGGUUGUAUGGAAGGCCGAAACUUGAUCCAACAAGACCACAUAGAACAAUAACUAAGCAACUUUUAGAAGAGAUUUUCAAUGAUGAAUACUAAUUAAAAAAUUAGCAACAAAGUUAAAAUAUAAUAAAAAAGAUUCUAUUAAAUAGUAUUUAGUUCCUUUUCUUAUAUUACUUAUACAUUAUUUGGUAUACCACAAGGACGUAAACAUUUAUUUUGUUAAUAAUUUAUUAAUGCUGAGCAUUAUUAUAAGUAGAACUAACUGAUCAUAAGAUCUUUUUUGUAAAUAGUUUACGUUAAAAAAGGAUUUUAAUAAAUUUUCACAAAUACAAA